UUCAUCCUAGUAGUUUGGGGGCUGGAGAGGCGUGACAUCAUAGGCAGCCCCGACCCUCCUCGGCCGGAGUCAUACGUCGUCUUGACAUAUUGUGAAGGAAAAAUCCUGUCGGCAACAACCUCGACCUCGCGGCUGAACGAGGCGGGUCCAUCCGUCCACACAGCGAGGGAGGCUGGCGAGUCGGGGGGCGACCGUCCAGGGGAAUGGCGGCUCCGCAGCCCACCGCGUCUUCAGUGUGGGACAGCAGUGAUGGGGGAUCAGAGUAACCAUGUCUCACUUCUGAUCUCAAACUGAUAUUUGCCAUGGAUCCGGACAAAACCUUGACGUUCUGCCUCGGGCUGAAGGCUGAGGAGAUGACCAUGUCUCUGAUCGAACUGGGUCGGAGCAAAGCUGUCACUAUGGCGACUCCUACAAAGGACGCUGGCAUUCGUGCAGUUAAUGAGCAGGUGGUGGCCAGUUCCAAAUACUGCCCUGGUGUAGACAACGACCCUGGUUACCUCUGUGAGACGGGACACUGCUGCGGGGAGAGUGGCUGCUGCACCUACUACUACGAGCUCUGGUGGUUCUGGCUGCUGUGGACGGUGCUGAUCCUGUUCAUUUGUCUCUGUGCUUUCCGUCAUCGCCGGGCCAAACUGAGGAUUCAGCAGCAGCAAAGACAAAGAGAAAUCAAUCUGAUUGCGUAUAAUGGCGCCAGCAACUACCCGCCCUCCAUGUUGGACCUCAGUUUCCUAUCUUCCCUCAAGUUGCCCUCAUAUGAAGAGGUGGCGGCUCAGCCAGAGACACCACCUCCUCCCUACAGCUCUGUUUUUGCUCUGCGGGGGGGAGCCGUUCCUGACCCCUGCUGCUCUCACCCACAUCACCACUGCCCUCCCUACCUGGCGCCCAGUACCCUGGCCUCCUCCCAGAGCUCUGACAACUUCACCAGCUGCUCCUGCGACUCCUGCUCCCUCAGCUCCCCCUGCAGCACCUCCUUCUCUGUUCAGGUCACAGACGAGACGUGCAACAGCAGCCAUGUGUCCUCACCCAGCCCAACAGGGGGCGACAGCGCUGUCUUCCCAUCGUUGGCCGUUUGCUUCACCUCUGGACGCCCAUCCCAGCCCCAAGUCCUCUGUGAUGUUCGAUCGGCGUCAGAGUUCAUACCAAAAACCUCUUACAGCGGCAGCAGAGAGGUUUCAACCACAACGCCUCCUCUCACGCUCCCGCUGCCGCCUCUCAAUACCUCUCAUCAUCGCCUGCCUCUUUCACCGCACGUUCUGCUCUCGGCCCUUCCCGGUACGCAAGUCCAAACCCCGGCUUUCCCAGAUCCACUCGGCGCUUUAGCACGGAAACAAAAAGAAGGCACUCCAUCUCCUCCUAACCAAGCGAGCUACUCCUCCAACAUGUCAGUCGUACUGCUCGGCAGGAACGAGUACGACGAAGAGGACGAGGAAGAGGACCACUUUCGACAUCGAUGUCUGACCGGGGAUUCGGGUAUCGAGGUCUGCCGCUGUCACGUGAAGAGAGAUGCGGAAAAAGAGGCCGAGAAGGAAAACAGUCGAGCUGCAGCUGCUGCUUUGUCACCCGGACAACACGGCUUCAUCCCUUCAACCUCCAGCUUCAGCAAGAGGAGCAGCGAAGCCUUCGUCGCCGUGGAGUGAACGGCUACUGCAGAACAAGGGUCUUUGCUGAGCAGCAUUUGUAGAUCAAGACUAGUAGGUGGGAAUUCACUGAAGUAAAGUCUUGGAGGGAUCUGGACUGAAUGCUGUGGAGGAACUGAAAUUGGAUGAAUAUUGCUCCUAAAAUCUAAAUAAAGACAGCCUCUUGUUUUCUGAGAUUAAACCCAGAUUACCGCCAUCAUCCUAGCUCUGCGCUCAACUCCUCCUCUCUGCUCAAACGUAUUGGGGAUGACGACUACUAUUUGGAGUUCAACGUAACGCACUUUACGAUGCAGCUGUCUCUCUGUGUUCCGGCCUGGUGUGUAGCAGCUUCUUCUGUACGAAAGUAUCUUAAGAACACAUUUAUUCUGCAGCCUGUUUUAGGGAAAAAAAAGGUUUAUUUAUUUAUUGCUGAAUAUUUGUGUGACCUGCCUUCAGUCAAAAGUUUCAACUCUCAUGAAACAUUCACAGCUCCGUGAUGAAUCAUUUUUAUCUUUUGCCUGCCGGCAUUUUUAAGCGUCUUGUUUCUUCCUUAAAGAAGGGUUGCAGUUGGUGACUAAAAUCACCUCUUGGUCGUACCUUUUCAUUGAAGACUGUUAUAUGACACACUUUAUUGAAAACUGAAUGACAGUUUCAUUUCAGUUGCUCAGUUCGACUUAGCCAUGGAUGUACUGUUAACCGUUAGAAUGUUAUGAAUGUAUAUUGAGUGUAAAUAGAUGAAGAAGUGCCCCGGAAACUACGGCCCUUGGAUGUCGGGUGGUUAGCAUUGUAGUGGUUUUGGCUAUUAAGAAAUCAGGGGGCUGCUGUUGUUCUUGCUGUGACGCGGGAGGUCGUCGCAGCGAGUCACCAGAGCGAGUCUUUGGGUGAAUCUUUACCUUUCGGUAGUCUUUACCAAACAGCCGCAUGAAGCAAGUGUCAUGAGAAUUCACUCAUCCAUCUGUUUCUGAAUGGAUUAAUCACGUGCCUGUUGUUCGUCCAAGUGAUCUUUUUCUCAUCGAAUUUAUCACGUGCCUGGUGUUCGUUGAAGUGAUAAAUCUUUCGUAGACAUUUAUACCAAUAUCUUGGCUUAAGAUGGAGCUUUUAUAUUUGAUUGUAGAUCUUUUGUAGUAGAACAAUUCAUAUCAUAAAUGUGUUCCUGGAGUGCGAUGGGUAAAAUGCUCAGGUGGUGACUGUGGCUGAGUUGAAUUUGGAUGUCGACGCAGUCAACGGUCUUUCUGUCAGUCUAUAAGAGGCAUGGCAAACAUUUGCUGGGUUUGGGACGUAACGGACCACAGCUCCAAGUCUGAACUAAUUCUUGUCUUUUUGCGGAAGUGGGACGGUGUGUUGUUAAGCCGUGUCAGUGACCCCACAUUAACAAAAAUAGCCCACUUUAUGUUUAAGCAGUUUCAGAAGCCAUGUCUGACCAGGUCGACACAUCUAUGGAGGGCCUUUCCAGUGUUCUGUUGUGUUGAUCCGGCCCACAGGUUUGGAACAUAAACCUGGAGUGACCUCUGACCUCCACUGCUUAGACCAUUUGUACAUACCUCAACCAAGUCCUAAACUCAGGCCAUGGAAAUUCCCACAAAUGCUUGGCCUCUGGUAGGUUUGGUUCAUUCACCUUUGCUCGGGUCCUGCUCACUGAGGUUUUUAACGGUACUUCAUCCCACUUCUGACACCACAUUCACUUAGCAGUUUUCUGGGAACCAACUUGCUCACAACACUAGAGCGCCUUCUUAUGGGUGUUGUGGUUCGUCUUUACAGUCUCUCUGGUGCUUGGUCGUCCCAUGUACUCAACAGCAAAGUCCAAACAUAUAGGCCCAUAUUUGUUUUUUUUCUGACUCAUGAGGGGAAAACUUCAUAUGGACUUAGAGGCAGGGCAGUCUGAAUGUGAGCUGGUUCACAACCUCCACGUUCAUAUCUCCGCAAGCAACACAUCUGUCCUCGCAAAGCAUCCUCUGGUCUAAACUGAGGUUCAACCUUCUAACAAGCACUUCUUGUUCUUAAGGUCUGUGGUGCCUCGACGAAAACAAAAAAGAAGUUAGACUGUUGAUCGCUGCUAUGUGUGUGUGUUUCGUGCUCUCUGUUUUUAUUGAUCUAGCAUUUCUCAAGUAAAACAUGCAAAAAGUGUAUUUAGCAAUAGUAUUCACACUUUUCUUUCCUUCUGCAGUUGGUAGGAAAUCAAACUGUUGUGAAUAAAUCUUUUACCUCGGCUGGCUGAAGAGCUGUGCUGGGCAGUCGCCCGUGAUUGUAUGAGGCAGCUUUUGAAACGCCUGUAGGUUGAAACUUUUGUGGUUUUAUCUUACGUAGGUUCUUUUAUAUUUAUUUGACUCAGAGAUCAUGACUACUAUUAGAAUAACUGGAAAUAUUAUUAUAGUAUUGUAAAUAAAAGCGAUCUUUAAUCUAUUUAAAAAGUACUACAUUUCUCUCCUGCACAAUAUUUAAAACUGGUGCCAAAAGAAAAAGACAAGAAAUAACUUAUGUCCGGCAAAACAACAACAACAAGGCAUUCAACUCAACUCUAAUAGGAAAAGUAUUACCAAAGGUUCCAUCAGUAUUUAGUCCCAUAAAUAUGCUGAUCUGACAAAAAAGCAUCGACUGUUGGAGUGGACUGGGAAAGUGGAGUGGAGUUUAUUAAAGCACCAUUUGUAUUUGGCAUUACGGAAUUAAAUUGCGGGCAAUAUGUUUUGAUAUAGUGAGUUUAACCUGUUGGCAUCAGUAGCAUUGCCAGCUAAAGCGUCAAAUGCAGAGAGCUGGCUGCUUCCACUUUACUUUAUCCAAAGUAGGUUUUAUUUUGGACAAACCAAAGCCAUUAUUUUGAACUUUAAAAGUGAUCAUCAAAAGCACAGAAUCAGAGUUAAACACUAAAUGGAUGCUGGUAUAAUCAUCCUGGAUUAUAUUUAUUGACCUUCAUUUCAGCGGCGCUGAGCUCUUAUCACCCGAAGUGGGUUCUACUUUCAUAUUGGGUUAGCAGUUUUGUCAGUGGUAGGUGCUUCAUUUGUCUCAUAGAUGAAGUGUUUGAUAUUUCGUGGAGAAAGCCCAAACUCAAUGCCAAUCUAGGCCAAGGACUGAUAUAAGACUGUUAUCAAUUUUGACAGCAAAAAUGUUUGAUUCACAAUGAACUAUAUUUGUACUAACUUUGACAGUUGUAUGACAGGUACAAAAGAAGACCAUACGAAGAUUCAGGAUCAUUCAUGACUGUUCGUCUCCAGAGAAAAUAUGUUUUUAUUUUGUCCCCUCUGAGACACUAGGGUUUACUAACUGUACAUAAAUGUAAAGAUGUGGCUUACAUUAGAAGUAACUGUGACGGCGUUUGGAGAGUUCAACAGUGUGACGUGCUGUUACUGCAGUGUUAAAAUGAAUGUCGCUUAUUUUGAGUCUAAAUGUUAUUAUUGUCGUUGUGUGUUUUCAUAUGAAUAUUCAUAUAUCUAUAUCACCAUAACAGUUCGGUUCAUUUUAAACCAUAGUGGUGUUUGAAUAGAACUACUUGAUAGAAAAUCUAGUUCUGUACAUCUGUGUUGUCGCCUUUUUAGUUCUCAAGAUUGUGUGACUACUUCCACAACUUACAACCAGAUGUUGUUUUAAUGUGUUGGAUACUCACAUCUGUGCUACUUUGAUCAAAUUAAACUGUGUAUUUUGUGUCAGAAUAAAUUAC